GCCAGAGCUGCGAGGCGCGGGAGCUCGCAACCCCGCGCCAGUGUCCGCGUCUCAUGAAUAUGCACGAGCCACCUCCCUCCCUCCGUGACGUCACGGGCCGUCCCGGGGUGAGCGCCUGAGCCGCUUAGGGUCCGCGCCAGAGUGCUGCUGUAGCUGGCGAGCGAGUGGCGCGGCGGAGGGCAGCGGAGGCAGAGGGCGAGGGCGGGCGCCGACGCCUGAAGCGCACCCAGCAGCUAGAGCGAGGCGACCCGCGGCGCGGCGGGCACCGGCGGACACCCGCAGGCGAGGCCGGCGCGAGCGGUAGGCGGCGGCGGCGGCAGCUCGGUGGCGGCUCAGGCGGCGAGGAUGCUGCCGGGGAGGCUGUGCUUGGUGCCGCUCCUGCUGGCGCUGGGCGUGGGGAGCGGCGGCGGCAGUGGCGACGGCGGGGACAGCCGGCGGCGCCGCCUCCUCGCGGCGAAAGUCAAUAAACACAAGCCGUGGAUUGAGACAUCGUAUCAUGGAGUCAUUACUGAGAACAAUGACACAGUCAUCUUGGACCCUCCACUGGUAGCCCUGGAUAAAGAUGCCCCAGUGCCUUUUGCAGGAGAAAUCUGUGCAUUCAAGAUCCAUGGGCAGGAGCUGCCCUUUGAGGCCGUGGUGCUCAAUAAGACAUCUGGAGAGGGCCGGCUCCGUGCCAAGAGUCCCAUCGACUGUGAGCUACAGAAGGAGUACACCUUCAUCAUCCAGGCCUAUGACUGUGGUGUGGGGCCCCGGGAGGCAGCCUGGAAGAAGUCACACAAGGCUGUGGUCCACAUCCAGGUGAAGGAUGUCAAUGAGUUUGCUCCCACCUUCAAAGAGCCAGCCUACAAGGCCAUCGUCACAGAGGGCAAGAUCUAUGAUAGCAUCCUGCAGGUAGAAGCCAUUGAUGAGGACUGCUCCCCCCAGUACAGCCAGAUUUGCAACUAUGAAAUUGUCACAACAGAUGUGCCUUUUGCCAUUGACAGAAAUGGCAAUAUCAGGAACACGGAAAAGCUGAGCUUUGACAAGCAGCAUCAGUAUGAGAUCCUGGUAACUGCUUAUGACUGUGGACAGAAGCCUGCUGCUCAGGACACCCUGGUACAAGUAGAUGUGAAGCCGGUGUGCAAGCCUGGCUGGCAAGACUGGACCAAAAGGAUUGAAUACCAGCCUGGCUCAGGAAGUAUGCCCUUGUUCCCCAGCAUCCACCUGGAGACGUGCGAUGGCGCUGUGUCCUCUCUCCAGGUCACCGCCGAGCUGCAGACUAAUUACAUCGGCAAGGGCUGUGAUCGUGAGACUUACUCUGAGAAAUCCCUUCAGAAAUUAUGUGGAGCAUCCUCGGGCAUCAUUGACCUCUUGCCAUCCCCUAGUGCGGCUACCAACUGGACUGCAGGACUGCUGGUGGACAGCAGUGAGAUGAUCUUCAAGUUUGAUGGCAGGCAGGGUGCCAAGAUCCCUGAUGGAAUUGUGCCCAAGAACCUGACAGACCAGUUCACCAUCACUAUGUGGAUGAAACAUGGUCCCAGCCCCGGUGUCAGAGCUGAGAAGGAAACCAUCCUUUGCAACUCGGAUAAAACCGAAAUGAACCGGCAUCACUAUGCCCUCUACGUGCACAACUGCCGCCUCGUCUUCCUCCUGAGGAAGGACUUCGACCAGGCAGAUACCUUUCGCCCUGCAGAGUUUCACUGGAAGCUGGACCAGAUUUGUGACAAAGAGUGGCAUUACUAUGUCAUCAAUGUGGAGUUUCCUGUGGUCACCCUAUACAUGGAUGGAGCAACAUAUGAACCAUACCUGGUGACCAAUGACUGGCCCAUUCAUCCAUCUCAUAUAGCCAUGCAGCUUACUGUCGGCGCCUGUUGGCAAGGAGGUGAAGUGGCCAAACCACGAUUUGCACAGUUUUUCCAUGGCAGCCUCGCCAGCCUCACGAUCCGUCCUGGCAAAAUGGAAAGCCAGAAGGUGAUUUCUUGUCUGCAAGCCUGCAAAGAAGGGCUGGAUAUUAAUUCCUUGGAAAGCCUCGGGCAAGGAAUAAAGUAUCACUUCAACCCUUCACAGUCUAUCCUCGUGAUGGAAGGUGAUGACAUUGGGAACAUCAACCGAGCCCUCCAGAAGGUCUCCUACAUCAAUUCCAGGCAGUUCCCAACAGCAGGGGUCCGGCGCCUCAGAGUCUCUUCCAAAGUCCAGUGCUUUGGGGAAGAUGUGUGCAUCAGCAUCCCAGAUGUGGAUGCCUACAUCAUGGUCCUGCAGGCCAUCGAGCCCCAGAUCACCCUCCAGGGAACAGAGCGCUUCUGGAGACCUGCUGCCCAGUUUGAAAGUGUCAGAGGAGUGACUCUCUUCCCUGACAUCAAGAUCGUGAGCACCUUUGCCAAAACUGAGGCCUCCGGGGACACAAGAACCACAGGCACAGCCCCGAAAUCAGCAGUCUUGGAAGAAAUGCUACACAAUUUGGAUUUCUGUGACAUUUUGGUGCUCGGAGGGGACUUGGAUCCAAGACAAGAGUGCUUGGAGCUCAACCACAGUGAACUCCACCAACGACACCUGGAUGCCACUAACUCUACGGCUGGCUACUCCAUCUAUGGUGUGGGGUCCAUGAGCCGCUACGAGCAGGUGCUGCACCACCUCCGUUACCGCAACUGGCGGCCCACUUCCCUUGAGACCCGGAGGUUCCGGAUCAAAUGUUCAGAACUCAAUGGGCGUUACACUAGCAAUGAGUUCAACUUGGAGGUCAGUGUCCUCCAUGAAGUCAGAGUCUCUGAUAAGGAACAUGUCAACCACCUUAUUGUGCAGCCACCCUUCCUCCAAUCUGUCCAUCACCCUGAGUCCCGGAGUAGUAUCCAGCGCAGUUCAGUGGUCCCGAGCAUCGCCACAGUGGUCAUCAUUAUCUCCGUGUGCAUGCUGGUGUUUGUUGUGGCCAUGGGUGUGUACCGAGUCCGAAUUGCCCACCAGCAUUUUCUCCAAGAGACUGGAGCUGCCAAAGAGGCUGAGAUGGACUGGGAUGACUCUGCACUGACUAUUACAGUCAAUCCUAUGGAGAAACAUGAAGAACCAGGGCAUGGGGAAGAUGAGACUGAAGGAGAGGAAGAGGAGGAAGCAGAGGAAGUCAUGAGCUCCAGCAGCAGUGGCUCUGAUGACAGCGAAGAGGAAGAGGAGGAAGGAAUGGGCAGACGCAGACAUGGGCACAGUGGCACGAGGCAAGCCCAGCUAGAGUGGGAUGAAUCCACCCUCUCCUACUAGUACCCACUGGCCUGCUGACCAGCCUGUGUGUCCCUUUUGUAAA